AUGUUUAACGUUUUUGCUUUCAUUGGAGACUCCAGUUAUAAAUCUGAGUUCUACACAUUGUGGGCAUAUCCGAAUUUCCAUAUAGUAAAAGAAAGUGUAAGCGCUUUAGCAGAUUAUUUUCCAAAUAAAUUUAAAAACUUACAUGGUACUAGUAUAAUAACACUACCAGACCAGUUAGAACCAAGAACAAUAGUGCACAGGAAUAAAUUGGGUCAACAGGUGUUAACUGGUUAUGUCGGGAAACUCAUGCUCACACUCGCUUGGAAAUUAAAUGCUACACUGAAAUAUGCACGACCAGUAAAAGGUGGAGAAAUCAUUUUUUAUGGUGAUUUACUUGCGUCAACAAAAAAUGGAACCUUGGAUAUGCCAGCCAGUAUUCUACCCAUUACAAAUAAGCAUUCGUUAUAUAGACCAGCUGUUGAAAAUCUUAUAUUGGAUGUACGCGCUUACGGAUUAAUCGAUAACUGGUUUCAUGCAAAUUUUUAUGAUAUGGUAAUGGCCGAUAGAGUUUCAUUUACAGAUAAAAGCAAUCCGAAGGUGUAUGGACGAAGGUGUAAACUUAUAAAAUUUCCAAAUGAUUUACCGCUUUAUACAGCUUCUUAUAACGUAGAAGACUACUGCUUAAUGAUACUAUUGCCAAGCUAUAGACGAACGUUUGAUAUUUUUACGGAUAUUAUUCCGUGGGGUCUCAGAGCUAUUAUACCAAUUUUAGUAUUAAUAUUUGCUUUACUGUUUCUGUGCAGUAUGCAUCAAAGUCGAAACAAGAUUUCUUACUUGGAUAUAUUUUUGAAUGAUAAAAGUAUUAGAGGUGUACUUGGACAAUCAUUUACGCUGCCCAGUAAAUUGAAUUUAAAAACCAAAUUAAUUUGUGCACUUCUUUGCUAUUACAGUUUAAUUGUUAAUACAGGCUAUCAAGCAAAUUUACAAUCGCUUCUUACACAUCCACCAAAAGACACCACAAUGAAAACUUUCAAGGACUUGGAAGAUGUAGACUUUAAGAUUUCUUUAUCACGUUUGGAGUUCAAUAUGUUUACAUUAAACAGAACAAUUAAAAAAUUAUUAAGAUUUGAGGAAACUUACCGAGACUUUGUGAAAUUGCGUGAAUCAAUGAAUACGAGUUAUGCCUACCCAGUAUCUCGUACACGUUGGCAGGUGUUUCAUGAAAGACAAAUGACUUACGAAAACAACGUUUUUUACUAUGCCGAUAAUAUGUGUUUCCUCAAAUUCAUUGAUCUUAGUAUACCGGCUCGUAAAUAUUUACCCUAUCGUAAUGUGUUUGCUGAGCAUAUACAGCGCUUACACGCAAGCGGUUUAAUAAAUUAUUGGACAUCCUUUUAA